ACAAAGUAAAACCCACCGAAGCAACAGACAGCUAGACCACCAGCCAGUCACUCAUGGGCUCUCCGUUGGCCCUCCUCCUCCUCCUCCUCCUCCCGCUCCUCCUUCACCAACCACUCUUUUCUGCCGCCAAUGUCCACAAACUCAACCUCCUCCGAUCCGAGCUCCUCUCCCAGCCCACCCUUCGAAACGACGCCGCACCAACUCUCUUCUUCGAAGUAACCAAACCCAUAGAACUCCCCAAAACCAAGCCCUGCACCCAGCACGUUCUCCAGCACGACUUCGGGUACACAUACGGCAAACCUCCGGUCUUUGCUAACUACAACCCUCCCUCGCACUGCCCAUCUCAAUCAUUUUCCAAAAUUGUCCUCGAGUGGAAAGCCACCUGCAGAGGGAGGCAAUAUGAUCGAAUUUUCGGGGUUUGGCUCGGCGGCGUUGAGCUUCUCAGGGGCUGCACGGCUGAGCCGACGCAGACUGGGAUUGUUUGGAGUGUCAAGAAGGACAUCACAAGGUACUAUUCUUUGCUUCAGAAGAAUCAAACACUAGCUGUUUAUCUUGGGAAUUUAGUAAAUGAAACAUAUACUGGGAUUUACCAUGUGAAUAUUAGCAUCCAUUUUUACCCUGCUGAGAAGAAUUUGAAUUAUAACUAUGAGCAAAAUUUGGUAAAUUUGGAUUCUGGGUACCAUUCUUGGGCCGAUUUAAUCUUGCCCAUUUCGAGAAAUCAGCCUUUGAAUGAUGGGUUGUGGUUUGAAAUCCAGAAUUCGACCGAUACACAGUUGAAGGAAUUUGAGAUUCCACAGAAUGCUUAUAGGGCUGUGUUGGAGGUGUAUGUUUCAUUUCAUGAGAAUGAUGAGUUUUGGUAUUCAAAUCCUCCGAAUGAGUACAUUGCUGCAAACAAUCUUAGUGGUACGCCUGGAAAUGGGCCUUUUAGGGAGGUUGUGGUGAGUUUAGAUGGUGAGGUUGUUGGUGCAGUCUGGCCUUUUACUGUGAUUUUCACUGGAGGGGUCAAUCCGCUCCUGUGGAGACCUAUUACUGCAAUUGGCUCGUUCGAUCUCCCUUCUUAUGAUAUUGAAAUCACGCCCUUCUUAGGGAAGAUAUUGGAUGGGAAGAGACACAAGUUUGGUUUUAGUGUUACAAAUGCCUUGAAUGUUUGGCUUCUUGAUGCGAAUUUGCAUCUUUGGUUGGACAAGCGGAGCACGAAAACUGAAGGUGAGCUUUUGAAGCAUAGUAGCUUGCCCCUUGUUGUUUCAUUGGUUUCAGAUUUCAAGGGUUUAAAUGGCACAUUUUUUACUAGGGCCGGCAGGUCUGUGUCAUCGACUGGAUGGGUGAAGUCCUCCUAUGGGAAUAUCACAACUGAUGCAAUUCAAGACUUCCAGUACAGCAAUACAAUGGUCAUGAGGAAUGAUGGUAAUACACAGAUAGUGAAUCAGGUCAUCCAUUUCAACGAUACAAUCAAUAUCAGGCCGCCAUCCUCCAGUAUUCACUCAAUGUCAUCAAACAAAACAUUUCCUCUUUACUUGUACACUGACUACAUGGAGCAAGCAAAUGAAUCAUAUACAGUCGUUACAAAUGUCGAAUUGGGAUUUAUUGAGAAGAAGUCUGCAAGUGCUGGUUCACGAUUCUCGAACAGCUCUCUCCAAAAUCUGCAAAAUGCCGAGGUUAUUAUCGUUGUAAAAAACAAUCUGCUAGUUAGGGGAUUGGGGAGUACACAGCAAGUGUAUAGAUUCGAUGGUCCCCAAUCAUGUUAUUUCAGAAACAUAAGCAGCUCAAACUACACCAUACUCUAUGAUAAGGUGAGGCUUACAUGCACCGAAAAAAGGGAGUCUAAUUUGGAUUUUGGCUUAAGCAGGCUGUGGCCUUUUGGUGCUCAAAGGAACUUUCCUGGUCCCGGAUUUACUUGAGAACAACGACGGUGCCUAGCUUAUUCGUAUCGAUGCAUCUUCAUGUGCUGCAGAAAAGGACUCCUUUGGUAAAUUUUAUGGAGGGUUCGUGCAGUCGUGUUUGUUGGUACCUCAAAUAAAAAUGGGUCCGAUACCAAGCCCGUUCCCGGCCUCGCAGUACAUUUUUUCUACUUGCGUGUAAAUAUCAGCUUUCAAUUCUUACUUCAAGAAGGUGGGUUUUGCAAUUAAAUAGAGCUUUCACCUCGUGGGUUGCCAUCUUUCCCAUGUGGAACUGCGAGGUGGUCAAUAAAAGGUUGGCUUUCCUGAUCAGCAUGGUGCAACUGGCUACAAUUGCCUUCUGCCCUCAGUGGUACAUGGAUCUAGAGAGGAGGUGGGCCGAUCGAGGUACGUUCAGUACUACACUUGCUGUCAUUAAUACUGAAUACAGAGGAGGGUUGGGUUUCUGGCUAUUAAUGAGAUUUGGAGGUCAGGUACUGAUAGAGAGGCCUGCCAACGACGGCUUGAUGGAGGAGUCUCCUAACCUUGAAUUGAUGGGGGGUAUUUAUGAGACAAAUGGUAGGAGA